AUGGAUCUCAACACCUCCUUUUCCGGUGCGCAAUCUAACGGCAUUGCUGCUGCUAGUCCAAUGGCUUUCCAAAACGGAACCCCCCCUGCUACCGACAUGUCGGCUGUCCCCCCUCCCGCUGGUCCUACUCAGGACCAGGCCAAGACCACGCUCUGGAUGGGAGAGCUUGAGCCUUGGAUGGACGAAAACUUCAUCAAGGGCGUCUUCCUCUCUGCCGCAGGAGAGACGGUCAACGUCAAGGUCAUCCGCGACAAAAACUCUGGUAAUGCCGGCUACUGCUUCGUCGAGUUCCCGACUCCUGACUCCGCCACCAAGGCGCUUGGCCUGAACGGAACGCCAGUCCCUAACAGUUCGCGCCAGUUCAAGCUCAACUGGGCUUCUGGCGGCGGCCUGGUGGAUCGACGCGACGACCGCGGCCCUGAGUACAGCAUCUUCGUUGGCGAUCUUGGCCCCGAGGUCAACGAGUAUGUCCUGGUGUCGCUCUUCCAGGCUCGUUUCCCUUCGUGCAAGUCAGCCAAGAUUAUGACCGAUGCCAUGUCUGGCCAGAGCCGUGGCUACGGCUUCGUCCGCUUCUCUGACGAGAACGACCAGCAGCGCGCGCUCGUUGAGAUGCAGGGAGUCUACUGCGGUAACCGUCCUAUGAGGAUUUCGACUGCCACUCCCAAGAAUCGCGGAAACCACGGCUUCGGUCACGGACACCAGGGAGGUCCUAUGAUGGGCGGCGGUAUGCCCCAGCAGCAGCAGAUGUGGGGUGGAGUGCAAGCUUUCCCCUACGGCGGCGGCGGCGGCGGUAACUUCAACCCGGCCACCCAGAUGAAUCAGUUCACCGAUCCCAACAACACAACUGUUUUCGUUGGUGGCCUUUCAGGAUACGUUACCGAGGACGAGCUGCGAUCUUUCUUCCAGGGCUUUGGUGAGAUCACCUACGUCAAGAUUCCUCCCGGCAAGGGCUGCGGCUUCGUCCAGUUCGUCCACCGCCACGCCGCCGAGAUGGCCAUCAACCAGAUGCAGGGCUACCCCAUCGGCAACUCCCGCGUGCGUCUCAGCUGGGGCCGAUCUCAGAACAACUCUGGAGUUGGCACUCCUUACCGCCCUGCUCCUCCUCCGCCUCACUACAUGGGCAUGCCUGGCCCUGCUCACGGCGGCCCUGGUCCCAGCCCAUAUGGCGGCCCUCACCACUUCGGCGGUCCUGCUCCAGGCCCCCAGGGUCCUUCAGGGCCUCCAGGUCCCGCUGUUCCCCCUCAGGUAGGCAACACCCAACAAAGCAAAGCAUAA